CAGAUUUUUUUGUAAGUUACCUCCUUGAUUUUGAAAGUUCAGACCACUGUCUGAGCCUGUGCCCUGCCCUGGGGUCUCUUCUUGGUGCCUUUCUCCUUCAGCACCAGCCCCAGGCCCAGUGGCUCAGCAUCACUGGCCUUGAAUAGAACCCUUCUCAGAGCAGAUGUGGACAGAGCUUGAUCUCAAGCCUCACUUGCCAUGGUUCUCCAUCGCUUCCUUUCUUGGCUUCUUCUCACCUGGCUCACAUUGUCUGCUCGUUCACUGACUCAUGAAGAAACAUGUCUCGAGUAUCUGCCAAUCAAGGAAGAACCGCUCAAGUCUCGAGAACACAUAUUCGCAAGUGUGUGUGUUCCACCGGCCCUGCUGCCCCUGCUGCAAGAGGAGGAACCCUGGCUUGUCUUUGGAUCCUGGUCUGGAGCAGCGGCAGAGACGUGGCACACUUGUGUCCCCUGUCCCUAUGGUAGCAGGAAGGCAAAUGGGAGUGGGAGGCAAGCUGACGUUCACAGUUUAUGUCCCAAGAGCUGGCUUCUGCUUCUCACCAAGUCUCCAAAGUGGGGGUGGGGACUCCCUAAGCAGAGAAGAGGGGUUCAGAGGCUAGGAAACAAAGUAACUACCAGUUACAGAGUGUAUAAAUUUUGAACACACCUGUAGGAUGAAGGACCCUGAAGAAAGCAUCUCUGUCUUGUUUAGAGGGACUGUUGGGAGCAGACAAAGGUGCUAGUCCAAGGAGGACCAGUAGGGUUCCUGGGGAAAUAGGGGCCAUCCAGCUGGACUGGAGCUUCAUGAGACGUGGGGAUCCUUUAGAAAGAAGUAGGAAGCCCUGUUGAGACUUUCAGUUCAUUUUCAGUUUUGGCCUUCAUUUUCUUGGGAAUGUUUGCCACAGAAUAUUUUGGUCUAUGAAAUGACCCAAUGAGAAUAUGACCUUAGAAAAUCAAUUUGAUGAGACUGCUAAGCUUAGUGGCUGCUGUUCUAGCUUGUAUGUGAACUGAGAUUCUAGGCUGGGCAGAGGGAGUGGUGCUGGUGGGAGCGGGCUCCACGGUUUUCAUUCUGGGUGACUGGGCAGGUGACACCAUCAGGGCACAGGAGGACUUGAAUGGGGGUGGAGGUAACAGUCUGUUUCAGGUAGGAGGGUGUGGGGAGUAGAAAUCGUGCUGGAAGUGGUUCCAAAGGGUGGGCUUGGGAAUCUUAAAUCAUGGUUCGUGAGCAGUAGAGCACAGGGAUGGCCUAAGCUCAUGCCCUCGAUUCAUUUUAUUUAAAAAUAAUAUGAAUGUAUUUGCUUACGUUUAGUAGAGAAAGAAGUAGAAGUACAAAGGAAAAAAGCAAAAAUGGGCCAUGAUCUUUCCCCCGAAUAACCCCACUUGACUUCCUUAAAAAACUAAAUUGAAGUAAUGAGUGGUCGUCCCUGGCCCUCCCAACUCCCCGUGUCCCUCACAGAAGUGAGCACAGGAAGGACCGUGCUCCUGUUUUCAUCUGGACAUUUCCAAGACGUAGUAGAUAAAAGUGCAUUCAAGGAUCUCCUUCCUCUAGCAGUCCCACACACCUAACAUCUCAGUGGUGCUUGACCUGAGCGCCCUGAGCCCCUGCAGGCUCCUCUGCGCCUCAUCUCCACCUGCUCGCUCGCUUGCUCCCGGAGACACUGGCCUUCUUUCUCAGGGCUGGCUGCUUCCGCUGCUCCCUGCCCGUCCUUGCCUUUCUCCUCGCCCAGUUCUUUUGGACAUCGGGUCCCUUGUCCCUGCUGGCUCAGAGUCUGUGGGGACCCCAGAAGGGCCACAUCACCUCCUCCUCUUUCCUUAGGCAAGCAGCUCAGCAGGGAAGCAGAAUGUCGGCAGGGCCGUCUCCCUCUCUCUUGAUCACACCUGUGUCCCAGUACCCCUGGGCAACAGGAACGCAGCAAAUCAUUCAGCCACUAAUACAUCCUAUGACUUUGGGGAAGCAAGCAUGCUCCGUGACUAUGUUGUCAUCCAUUGUCACUGUCAACUCUGUGAAUGGGGAGGCUUUUGUAGCCAGUGCUAUGAAAGAAAAAUUAUUUUGACGCAUUAAAAAUGUCAAGGAAGACUUUAUUCAGGACCAUCGCAAGCAAGAGAUGGAACUCCACUCCCAGUACAUCAGGGGCAGGUGUGGAGGUGGUGGAAGAUCCCAGGCAGGACUUGAGUAGAUGCCAAGGGUGGAGGAAGAGGAGCUGGUCUGAUACCAAGAGUAGGCGGAUGCAUGACAACCGGCUUAGCAGGAUUCUCUGCUGGGUCUGCCGGCCAAGGACCAGGCUGAGGAGAUGACUUGAAGGGGCUUGCGCAAAGUGCAGUCAGGAAGCAGGCCUGUCCGCAACAAGCCAAGAGAGCCGGGGGAUGAUUUUGCCCUUGGGAAUGUAGUCCAGGGAGGAGGGAACCUGGAGAGUGGGAGAGGACAACCGGAAACGCCCCGUGCAGCAGGCGCUGCCAGAGGAGGCCUGCUGGAGCCUCUCCAGACAGACCUGCCUUGUUCUUAGGUUUUCAAACAGGAAUGAUGAACUGUCCACCCUUUCCCCCCAGCAGGAUCCCAUGGACAGAUUACAUUUCCAGAAAGCCUGUCAUGUGUUUUGGCUCCUUGGCAGUAGAGGCUGGGUUUUCCUCUGAGGUACUCUUGUACCUCUCCCAGUUGCAGAGCUGACCCUGCCUCCAUGCUGUGACUUCGGUCAGGGACAUAAGUGGCCUUUUGGAUGUUCUCCAAGCUAGUUUCGCCUCCCUGGGGAUCGAGUCAGCCAGAGGGAUCCCAGAUCCCCGAGCCCAGAUCAUUCUGGGUGUUAGCUUUUGUCCAGGAGUGAUCAGUGAUAGUGUUCUUUUCACUCUCACAAGGGUCCCAGUGCAGCCAAUUACUUCUGUGGCCCCGAACACUGGACCCAGUGCUGCUGUGUCCAGUAGACCCCCGCAGUGACUUGCAAAGGUGCCAUUCAUUUUUAGCCGGCAGUCAGGAAGCCGCUUGCGAAGGCUGUCACUAUCUGCUGCCGCCAGCUUUUCAGUGGGAGUGGACAGGGUUCGGGAGGUAAAGCAGAUGGGGCUGAGGGGUGUAGCCGGGGGUUGCAGUGAAGUGUCACCAAGGGCAGUGCGCUGUGUGCACUGGGAAAUCAGGUCAGGUGGUGUCGCCUCCCAAGAGCGUCCAUAUUUGGAUUUCAGAGUCUCCAUACAGAGUACCGGGGAUAAGAAGUAGCUUCAUACUUUGCAAAGUCAGGGUGUUUAUGAGAACUGCAGUCCCUUGUUCUCAUUUCAGAUCUACCGAGCCAUUUUGUAAGGGGCCUGGGGCUAGGGCUGCUCCAGAAGUCUGCACUUUCAACAGAGUCUGGUGAUUCUAAUGAAUGCUCUGGUUUGGGAACCGCUGCCUUAGAAGAAAUCCUGCCUGGCCUGUAUAUCGGCAACUUCAAAGACUGGUUGCAGACGCCUGGUGUGGACGUGCAUCCUGCCCCUCAGUGGUCCGGAGCCCAGGGAGCAGGUCUGGCAGAGUGGAGCAAAGCUACGAGGCAGGCCCAUCUCGGAAUCUGGUCACAGUCAGAGCCCACACUACGGCAAGCUGCCCCCGGACAUGCCCCACAGCCUGGGCGGGAGGGGCAGUGAGGCAGCCUGUGGUGUGGCCGACACGCCUCAGUGCUUCAGCCAAUGCCAGGCCCUCCUUGCCACCCCCCUGGGAAAUGGGAACCGCACCCCUACUUGGGGCUGUUGUGGGAAGGCAGAAGAUGCUCCUGGAGCAGCCACAGCUGCCAGACGCCAGAGAUGCCGAGCAGCUGAGCAAGAACAAGGUGACACACAUUCUCUCUGUGCACGACAGCGCCAGGCCAAUGCUGGAGGACAAGACAUUUCAAGGAAAGCAUCCAGUUCAUCCACGAGUGCAGACUCAGGGGCGAGGGCUGCCUGGUGCACUGGUUUCUGCAGGGACUGUCGGGGUUACUGGACAACAGAAACUCCUUUUCCAGCCUGCUCCUGACAUUCGUCAGAACACAGGCCCAGCUCAGUGGCCUUUCCAAGCACUGUUUCUUUCUGGAGAGUUUCGAUUGCAUAUCCUCGCCGGCGUCUCCAGGAGUGUCACUCUGGUGGUUGCCUAUGUCAUGACGGUCACGGACCUCGGCUGGGAGGAUGCCCUGCACACCGUGCGGGCAGGCAGGUCCUGCGCCAACCCCAACCUGGGCUUCCAGAGGCAGCUCCAGGAGUUUGAGGAGCACCACGUCCAUCAGUACCGGCAGUGGCUGAAGGAGGAGUACGGAGAGAGCCCCUUGCGGGAUGCAGAAGAAGCCAGAAGCAUCCUGGGUAAAUACAAAGAGCAGGGGCGCGCUGAGCCCCAGCCUGGCGCCGGGCGCUGGGGUGGGCUCCCGGCCCUGCCUCCUCUGGCCCACGGCGGCUACACCACGGAGACCUAGCCAGGCCCCGGCCAGUCUUCCUGCCAGCUGCCCUGGUUGCCGGCUGCACCCAAGGACUGAAAGGGGUGUCCAGGUGGAUCCAGGCCCUUCCCGAGACCCCACCAGCCCUGCCACCACCCGCGCUGCCCCCGCCCCAGCUUCUGCACUGUCUGGAUGCUGCUGCUGCCUUUCCUGCCUAUGGGCGAGCCGGAGCGCAUGUGCACACGUGGGUGAGCGUGUCUGUGCGUGAGUGGGAGCUCUGAAUGUUCAUGCUGCGGGAAGCAUCACGAGGUCCACACUGCCAGGACAGGUCCUGCUGCCCUUCCCUCGUCCAUGAUCCCCUGGGAAGGCACUUGGAGUUGACCUUGGAAAAGCUGUUCAGCCAAAGAAGCCUGUGCCUGUGAGCAGACAGCGAGGAGAACUCGGGGUGCCUGCUCCACCCCCUGAGGGUGGUUCCAGGGCUCUGGGGGCGGGGUGGGGGUUGCAUGUCCCUGGGCGAUGAGGAUGGGGGCCUCCUCAAUUCUGACGAGCCGCCAUCCCCCUCGAGCCUGCCCUGCCCAGCCCUUGGCAUCCGAGUCCUCUCUGCAUGUGUCCUCCUCACCGAGUACACUGGUUGCGGGGAGAGCAGCCCAGACACCCCCCACCCCCCGUCCAGCUUCCCCCGCUUCCGGCCUCCUGCUCCCCUCAUUCUUCUGGGGCCUCUGCACGAAGUUCGCAUGUACCCUUGGGAUUUGGGAAGCAAGAGCGGUCCUUAGACACCAUCAUAGUUUGCGUCUUAAGCGUACAUUUAGAAAUGCCUGAGCACUUCCUACACGCCUUUGUGAUUGCUGUGGAUUUGAUAUUUGAUCUCAGCUACCUCAUUAAAGCGUUUUUGAAAAGGUG